AUGAGACUUAUUCAUACACGGUCAUACCGUUUGUUGGAGUUCGACGAUGUCAGCCCUCCUCCUUUCGCCGUCUUGUCGCAUGCACACAGCCAAGAACAUCGCUUGCAGCCACCAUCUGUGCAACUGGACAAUUUUAUUUUGCAGGCUUGCCUCCAGGCUGACGUCCGCGGCUUGGAAUUUCUCUGGGUUGGAUCUGUGUGCAUCGACAAGACCUCAUCUCUAGAGCUGCAGCACUCUAUCAGCUCUUCUUUUCGCCUGCUGCAAGCGGCAGCUGUGUGUUUCGUCUACCUUCAAGACCUCCCCCCUUCUUCUGAUUUGCUCGAGGGAACUUGGGGCCGCUGCAGGUACUGGACGCGAAGCUGGACGCUCCAAGAGCUGGUUGCACCUUCAAACGUGGAAUUUUUCGAUGCCGCCUGGAACUACCAGGGAGCCAAAUCCUCACCGAAACUUCUUGAACUGCUCCAAAAUAUCACCCGAAUUGACAGGAACAUCUUGGUCAACAGCACCGCUUUUUCAAAGGUUGCAAUCGGAGUCAGACUAUCGUGGGCAGCCGGAAGAGAAUCCACUCACGCCGAGGACACUGCAUACUCCUUAACCGGCAUCACCGGAGUCAAUAUGUCCAUCAGAUACGGCGAAGGCUCAGAGCUUGCCUUUGCUCGACUCGUGAAGAAGAUCGUACAAGAGAGCACCGAUGGCUCAAUCUUUGCCUGGACCAGCAAUGAUGACCAGGUCGCUCGGGGUUUCCUUCCACGAUCCGCAACGGAAUUUAGGCAUCUUACGGAUAACGAUACGCCCAGGGCCUUUUGGCCACAGCAGCCGUGGAAAUUCGACGGUAAUAUUCAAUUCAGUAGCAAGGGUCUGAUAUUUGAUUCUAGGGCAUCAACGGAAGACCUUUCUCUCAUACUCGAAAUAGGACGGACGUCCGACAAACGAUUCGGCGUACGUAUCCAGAUGUGGGAGAACAGAUACGUUCGGAUUAAUCCGAGAGAAAUUAUGGAGGGUUCGAAGAUUUCGAGGCCUUGUCGAAUUAUCGCAGCCUGCAACAUCGAUGCCGAGACGUCUCAAAGCAUUAGUAUUUCGUGCAGGAAGAGGAAGAGAUCGGGUCAACUCAGAACUCCUCCCAACGAACACUCAGGCGUCCAGCUUGGAAUCACUCACACCAUCUCACACCACCUUUUGCAUGACAACGCUUGCAGCUCAUGUAGCUACCCCGAGGAUGCUUCAGACUUGGACAGUCUUCAUUCCGGCGACGAGUACGAGGAGGAGGCGCCCAGCCAAGUUGAUGCGCGUGAAAGAACCUCACUGGAAUCGAAUCAUCCGUAUCAGACUGAGCGCGAGGGCCUCCUACGCCACUUUGCUGUACGGGUUGAAGACUGGGCACGUUCAGCGAAGUACGUUGCACCUACCGGUAGCCGGCUGUCACGAAAACGACUCAAGAUCGCGGACUCAAGUUCAUACUGCGCGAGCGAGGAGUCGGAUUUCGAGGAAAUCGAAUAUAUUCAGAACGAUAUCCAGAUUACUAUCGACGGCUAUUUCCAUCUCGCUUGUCCAUUCUACGCAACGAAACCUGCUGACCAUCGGCAAUGUUUACGGGAAGACGAUCUGCGAACGAUGGAAGAUGUUGUGGACCAUAUCCGAAAAUGCCACUGGAAGUCGCCAUAUUGCCCAAAUUGCCGAAUCAUCUUCAAAACACCCAUGGCCAGAGACGAGCAUAUCCGCAAACUAAUUUGCGAAAUUCAAGACCCUACGAGAAUCGAAGGUGUUGAUGGGAACCAGCUGAAAGGGAUGGUGGAAGUGACGAUGAGGGGGUUCAGUGAGGCGGAGACUUGGGCGCAAAUUUGCGCGUUGGCUUGCCCUGAUGUGCCGACCUGCGUCUCUCCCUACCUCAAGGAUGGCCUCGGUCUUGAGGUGUCAAAACUUCGGGACUAUUGGAAUGAGAAGGGCAGGGAGUACAUCAAAAAGUACAUGUGUGAAAGAGACGUUGUCCUUCCAGAAGGCCAGGAUGAGGUUCGAGUGUUGGAAGCCUUUCACGCCCUGACGAUGGCUGAUUUGAUUCAGAAAACAGUCGAGACCAGUGUUCAUGAGUCGCAAUAG